GCACUCGGGCCGAGCGGAGCGGGCGGAGCCGCCGCGGAGCGUCCCCCGCGCCGGGGCCGAUUUCAUGCAGUUGCCUGUGACAGCUCCUGUUGAGUAAACUGAGACGGGAACAUCUUGUAUCGCCUGUUGUACCUGUACCUGCCACCAUGAGAAGUUGCAUAAGAUCUCUUUGGAUCCCUGUGUAGUUGAUUCAUGUUUCCAAACUCUUUCUCGGAACCUUCACAAGCAGCCAAAAUGAAGUUGAAGCAUAACAUCAACCCUGUUCUUUUACAGCUGAUAAACUUUGUAAUUUUGGUGUACACCCUUGUGACAUACAUUCCAUGGUACAUACUUUCGGGAUCAAAGCAGGCUAUUGAAAAAGCCAAGCAGGUUAAAGCCAGACCUGUGAAUAACAAGGCCGGGGGUGCUUACAGAUCUGUUAACAGCCUACACUGCUUAGCUUCAGUUUUAUACCCUGGGUGUGAUACACUUGACAAAGUUUUUAAAUAUGCAAAGACUAAAUAUAAGGACAAAAAACUCUUGGGAACACGUGAAAUCCUCAAAGAGGAAGAUGAAAUCCAGCCAUCGGGAAAAGUUUUUAAAAAGGUCAUCCUUGGCAAGUACACCUGGCUUUCUUAUGAAGAUGUAUACAUUAAAGCUGUUAAUUUUGGAAAUGGCUUAGCAGUGUUGGGUCAGCAACCAAAGACUAACAUCGCUAUCUUCUGUGAGACCAGAGCUGAGUGGAUGAUUGCAGCACAGGCCUGCUUUAUGUGCAACUACCAGCUUGUUACUCUGUACGCUACCCUGGGGGGCCCGGCAAUCGUGCAUGGGCUGAACGAGACGGAGGUGACCACCAUCAUCACCAGUAAAGAGCUGAUGCAAACAAAACUGAAGGAAAUCGUAUCUCAAGUUCCACUGCUACGACACAUUAUUACAGUGGAUGGCAAACCAACAAUGUGGUCAGAGUUUCCCAAGGGUGUCAUUGUUCACACAAUGGCAUCUGUGCAAGCCAUGGGGGCCAAGGCAGAUGCUGGAAUCAAACAACCAUCCAGGCCUGUGCCCUCUGAUAUCGCGGUGAUCAUGUACACAAGUGGAUCCACAGGAAUUCCCAAAGGAGUCAUGAUCUCCCAUUGCAACAUAAUUGCUGGGAUAACUGGAAUGGCUGAGAGGAUUCCAAACCUGGGGGAAAAAGACAUCUAUAUUGGCUACUUGCCUCUUGCCCACGUUCUGGAGCUGAGCGCUGAGCUGGUGUGUCUGUCUCAUGGGUGCCGCAUCGGUUACUCCUCACCUCAGACAUUGGCUGACCAGUCCUCUAAAAUAAAGAAAGGAAGCAAAGGAGAUGUGACUACACUUAAACCAACUCUAAUGGCAGCUGUCCCGGAAAUUAUGGAUCGGAUCUACAAAAACGUCAUGAAUAAAGUGAAUGAAAUGACGAGUUUCCAGCGGAAUCUAUUUAUAUUGGCCUACAAUUACAAAAUGGAACAGAUUUCCAAAGGUUACACUACCCCACUCUGCGAUAGCCUUAUCUUCCGGAAAGUCCGGAUGCUGUUGGGUGGGAAGAUCCGCAUCCUGCUUUGUGGAGGAGCUCCGCUGUCGGCAGCAACGCAGCGGUUCAUGAACAUCUGUUUCUGCUGCCCGGUGGGACAGGGCUACGGGCUGACAGAGUCGGCUGGAGCCGGAACAAUCACGGAAGUUUGGGACUACACUACAGGAAGAGUGGGAGCACCUUUGGUUUGUUGUGAAAUAAAGUUAUUGAACUGGGAAGAAGGUGGCUAUUACAACACUGAUAAACCAUAUCCUAGAGGUGAGAUCCUUAUUGGAGGGCAGAAUGUGACUGCGGGCUACUACAAAAAUGAAGCACGAACCAAAAAAGAUUUCACUGUCGAUGAGAAUGGGCAGAGGUGGCUCCAUACUGGAGACAUUGGGGAGUUUCAUCAUGAUGGCUGUCUAAAAAUUAUUGAUCGCAAAAAAGAUCUUGUAAAACUGCAGGCAGGAGAAUAUGUUUCUCUUGGCAAAGUAGAAGCAGCUCUGAAGAAUCUCCCACUGGUAGAUAAUAUUUGUGCGUAUGCAAGCAGUUUCCAUUCUUACGUCAUUGGAUUUGUCGUGCCAAAUCAAAAGGAGCUCGCAGAACUAGCUCGAAAAAAAGGAUUUAAAGGAACCUGGGAAGAGAUCUGUAACAGUCCUGAGAUGGAAAAAGAGGUACUGAAGGUGCUAGCUGAGGCUGCCAUGGCAGCUAAUCUGGAGAAGUUUGAAAUACCAGUGAAGAUUCGUUUGAGCCCCGAUCCUUGGACCCCAGAGACUGGUCUGGUGACAGAUGCAUUCAAGCUCAAACGCAAAGAGCUCACAGCGUACUAUCAAAUGGACAUUGAUCGAAUGUACGGGAAAAAUGUAAAAUAAUUCUCCCCUGCACCACUUUGCUACGAUGAGCUCGGAUCAAAUAGGAAAUACUUGAAUUGCCUGUCUCAACUCAGCACUUGAGAUCAACACACACAAAACCACCAUUCCUCAUUUCCAGCUUAAACUGUUAUUUCCGAUGACAUCACUAUGACGACUGGCAAGUUUAGUAAAAUGUUACGGCAGCAAACUUGUGUCUGUCUCCUUUUUUUCCAGUUUUCUCUGCUACCUUGUCAGUCUGUGGAUUUUCCCAGGUCUUUUUGGGAAACCAUGAUUCUGAAGCCUCAAAUUUUUAAGCAUUUAUAAAUCCUGUAUAAUGUUUUAUUUGUAUCUUUAAAAUUUGGAUGUAUAUAGAGAGAACUUGGCUAUAUAAGAAAUGGUUAUACUGGGGGCCUUUUUUUACCUAAUUAUUUAAAGAUAAGGUAUUGAUGUUGUGACAUUAUGUACAUUGAAAAUGCUUGUAACAAGAUAAUUGCUGAACAGAGAACCAGGUUAUUUGCUGCUGUGCUAUUUUUCUGUGUAAAUCCGAGGGAGAACUUGUUUGACAUUCCAGCUUGUGUAAUACACCUUCAAUAUGUGCCUAAUGGUUAUUUUAUUUUUAUCUGAAAAUGGGAAGAUGGUCAUGGCACAACUCUGCAUCAAGGCAGGUGUUAGCUAAAGCUUGUUUAAUACAGAAAUGGCUAUUAACACAGCAGAUGUUAAACCUAAGAAUAACCUCUCAGAUACAGAAACUCCUUUUUUUAAAUAGCUCAUGACCAUUUCAUCCAGAGUUGAGUAGUGUAGUGCUAAUAUGAACUCUCAGCGUUAUUUUCACAUAACACUUUACAGGUUGAACAGUGUCGUUUUUAGCAGAGGGACUGUAACAACUUUUGUCUUUUCUCUUUAGAUUUGGACAUUCCACUGGGUUUGCUCUUUAUUUGUUUGUGAAAGUCUGGCAAGACCCCUGCUCUGCCCUAGCUGCAACCCAGACCUUCCUGAGGGGGAUUUUUAAAGUCAUAAUGACAGUUAUGUCCUCAGCUCACACAGUGCCUAGCUGCCCUUUGUGCCAUUAAAAAUCUCCCUUUGAUGCUGUGUCAUUUGUUUAGCACUUUUUGCUUUAAAAACAGGUAUUUGAAGCAUUUGUCAGCCAGAGUUAUGUUGCUUGGUUUGUUACGCGGAAUUCUUAUUUUGGGAAGGAGCCUCAAUUUUUGUUUCACUAGAGAUACAUGGAUAUUGUUUGAAGAAAUAUGUGGGAACAUUUUUUUCAGUGAGAGUGUUUGGAUUUAUUUCAAAUGUGAAUUUUAUUUUCAAAAUAUUUCUGGGAAGGAUAUUCAAGGUUGCAUGAGAAUGUGAAAAGGCAUGCAUCAGUCAACCUUGUGAUGGAGCACAUAUUAAAAUGGCUUUAAUUUGGAGA